AACAUGUGGAGCUUCAGACGAAGCAGACGUGAAGCUGUUUCAAAGCAUGUGCAGCGUAGACAGACGCACAAUGCACGAGUAAAACUUCACUUUUGACAAAAUACCUGUGUCUCCAUGACACAUUUACGUCUCCAGCUAUUCAGCGGACCCACGGGGAGAUGGCUUGUAGAAGGAAACAAAUCAAAAGUCAAUUGAAAAUACUGUGCUGCCAAUGUGUUGGCUUCUUUUCCUUCCCAAAUCUAUUUCCGAGUCGACGAGCGUCUGACAUGACGUCAUCACCUCUGACGUAAUCCAAGUGUGAGCAGCGUUGACUGGAUUUGUUUUCACGCAGGCUCUUCUGCCUGAGCAGCAUCGGGCCCCCAGGUGUCGCCUGACAGUGUGACAUUACACGCGGAGUAACUGAAACAGAGGUUACUGACAUUUCGCCUUUGUUUACUUCUGUGGGAGUUCGGUGCCCUCGCCUGGUUGCGACGGUUUAACAGGAGCAACCUGUGUGAGCUCCGUGGUGACUGGAGGAAGGUUCCGGGCCGGUGAGGACGCCGUGUCGAUUCCUUCCUUUUUCUGCCCAAACAUCCCGUCGAUGCCAUCCUGCUGCAGCGGGUUGUUGUAGGCAACAAUGGCUGAUACUUUAAGAAGAUUGGCAAACACUUGCUCGUUCAGCGUUCUGCAGGACAAGUUGGACUCCUGGAGCAACGACUACCAUGUGGCGUCGUGUGACCAGAACCUGAAUCACUGCUGUGAGCUGAUCGAGUUGACUGCCAGAAUUCAGGGACAACUGUUUUCAAUUCUGAACCUGACGGCUAAUGAAGCUGGACACUACGGUGGAGUGGACACUCUGAAGACAAGGCUGCUGCCGUGGCUGGGCACGUGUUUCUCGAUGGCUCGGCCGUCUGUCUCUGAGGACACAAGUUUGCAACUUAUCCAGGAUUCUGUGGCCAAGGACCGGAAGAUCAGGGAGCUCUCUGACUCUCACGACUGUGACAUGCACCGGAUGGAGACUCAACUCUGCUCCACUCGGAUGCAGUUGGACUCCGUCAGAGCUGAACUGGAUGAUGCUCAGAAAGCUCUGGACGAGACCAAAAAUAAAUCAGCAACCACCCUGUUGGCCACUGAGGAGGAAAUAUUGCAACUGAGAGCAGAUUUGCAAGCCGCACACGACCAGCUGGAGAUUUAUAAGAGAAAGCUCGAUUCUGUGGACGAGUAUGAGCGGCAGAUUUGUGUGCUGCAAGAUGAAGUUUCCUUCCUGACCAGAGAGAAGGCCAUGCUGCAGGAGAGAUUGGCCAGCUCCAGAUCUUCAAGCCCACUGCCCACUCUCAAGCGCUCCUCCAGUCCCGCCCGGGCCGAGGCCUCCACCAGAGCCCAGCUCACCAACUCCUGUCGCUAUUCUCGCCUGGUGUCGCGCUACAGUCACCUGUAUGCUCAGGAUCGUCUUGAGGCGCAGGUGCUGCUGCGGCGCUACGUUGAUGACCUGGAGAUGGUCCAGAAAAUUAUCUUCAUUGCUGUCGUGGAAUCCUUCCAGGCAGCCAAACUUGCCUACCGCCAGUUCAAACUGCGCGUCAGAAAAACUCUUUCUUCCACACACUUUGGGCCGCAGAGUCUGGAAGACGUAGCUGUGGACUACAUCGUCCGGAACCCGGACCUCUACGACGUCCAAACCAGUAUUAACGAUGUUAUCAACGCAAUGAACGUGAAUCCUCGCAUCUCCUUCCCUCCAGAGGUGGAAUUUGCUCUCAUCACUUCAAUAAUCAGAGAGACAUGCAAGUGCGCCUUCAGCAUGCAGACCCUGGACCCGCCUUUGGACUUGGCCUUCGCCAGCGAUGGAGAAAUUUACAAUGAGAGCAAGUACCGUCGCAGUUAUGACUCCGACUUCUCUGCUCCCCUGGUCAUGUACCACGUGUGGCCCGCCCUGAUGGAAGGAAACAUUGUUGUCGUGAAAGGCGAAGUUGUAACCAGAAGAGAGGCAUCGUGGGGAAGAAGUCGCAGCAGGAGCAGAAGUCCGAGCCCUGCACGCUCUCGCUCCCUCAGCCCUUCACGCAAUCUUGCAUCUAAGAGCAAGGGACGCUUCUCAGGCAGCGAACUGCAGCCUCGCUACUGAAGAACAUCCACCAUGAAUUCUAGUAGCUUGAUGUCCGUGAUGAGGACUCGUCUUUUUCCAAUCAACUUCUUUGUUAAUAGUGACUGUUAUUUUGCUUUUUUGUUUGUCUCAAACAAACUGGAAAUGCUUGAAAUGUUUACUCAUCUACAAAAAACGUAGCUCACGUCGACCAUUGUUGUUGCAUUAUAGCUGGUCGCUGGAUGAUGAGACUUCAUUUCGUAAUGACCUUCAAUACUGGUUUCCAAAAGAGAUGUUGACUUUUUAUACUAUAUAUAUAUAUAUAAUGUCAUCAGCACGCAGCUCUCAGAAGACAGAUUAGGUGUAUUUGUCCAGACAUAAGGGAACAUUUUUGGAACUGUACUAUUGAGGCAGUUGAACAUAAUAUCACUGCGGCUCCAGUACUCAAGGUGCUAAUGAUCUGUGCUGAGGAAAACAUUUCUGCAGCUGUUUGGUGGAGACUUUUUUUUUCUGGUGCACAUUAUGUUGGUGCUUUUUAAAAGAUUAUAAAUAAGUAGUGUUUUUUUUUAAUCUAAAAUGGUUCAGUAAGUAUCGGUAGUGACAUAUUGUUUCAGUCAUGUAUAUGCUCUCCUUUUAUUUUGUGUGUUUGUAAACAG